UUUUCGCUAAGACUAACGAAGUCUACAGGCUGGUUUCGUGAUCUUAUAUCCUCAGAUCAGUCACAAUAAAAAAUAAUUAAAAGAAAAAAAUCGAGCAAGCAGUAUAAGCGCUAGUUUUUUUUCUACGUCACAAGUAAAGAUUCCUCGCUUUCUUUCAUUCAAUAAGCCAAAAUUACUAUACGAGAAAAACUUUUUGAGCAACUUCUAUCGUUCACAGGCACAUAUUAGAUGAAGGCAUCUUGUAUCAUGAACGUUCUUUAUUUCUCUUCUCUUUCUCUUUAAGAAAACAUAGGAUUAGUAUUCUCGACUCUAUCGAGUUCUAUUUUGGUACAAAAUCGAACUGUACUUGUCUUUUCGUUGCUGACCGGCAGUGUUGUCGCCAUUUCCAUUAUUCUCCUAGCUUCUUCUUCAUCGUAUUUCAAAUGUAUGCUCAAGAGAUUUAUUCGAAUCCAAAUACAAAAACGAUUGGUUGCUCCAAAGUUUCGACCAUCAGAGACGGAUACGUUCGUAUCUUAUUAUUAAAAUUUCCUUUAUCAUAUGCAAAAAAGCAAUAAUGAGUUAUUAGCAAAGAUCCUCCAGAACAAUUGCAUAUCGUAUAGGAAGUGUGUGGGGUGUGGGUGUGGGUGGGUGGGUGGGUGUGUGGGGUGUGGGUGGGUGUGUGGGGUGGGUGUGGAUGUGGGGUGGGGUGUGGGUGUGGGUGUGGGGUAUGGGUGUGGGUGUGGGUGGGGUGGGGUGGGUGUGAGUGUGAGUGUUAAAGAAGCAUAAGACAACACACACACCCACACCCACACCCACCCACACCUACACCCACCCACACCCACACCCACACCCACACCCACACCCACCCACACCCACACCCUGUUCUGGUGAUUUGUGAAUAAAUUUUCGUAUUCAUUUUCUAAAUUUUAAAACUGAAAAAGUCAACGAGUUUGAAUUUCAACUUACACAAUUGUUAAAUGAAUACACUUAGAUUUUGUGUGGAUUGAAAUUUCAUUAUUAAAUGAUUAUGUGAAGUAAAUUUCUUGAUUGUUUUUUUUUAGUGUCUUAGUUGAUUAUCACAAUAGUUUAUUAGACUUAUUGGAAGAUGAAUUAAAAAAUAAUGAAAAUCAUACUGUUGGUUCUCUGAGAAACUUGAUCAAAGAAUUAACAUCAAAAAAUAUCUCAAUUUUACAAAUUGCAAAUGAUAAUACAGGUGUAAUUAAUUUAAAUGAAAAAGAUUGUCUAUGGAUUGAACAAUUAUCUCAAACAAGUCUUAUUAAUAAUAAAGAACAAUAUUUCAUUACAUCAGGUUCACGAUUAAAGUUUGAUUUUGUCUAUAUUCAAUCACAAAUUAUUCGAACAUAUCUUCUAUUUUGUCGUAUUGACUAUCGUCAUUUAAUUGAAAAAUAUCAAUGUCAUACAAAAAGAAAAUCAAUAACAGUUAUUGAAUAUUUAAAUCUCGAUAAAAAAUAUUUGAUUCGAUUAAAAUCUAUUAGUGGAUUUCAACAUUUGUCUACAGAUAUUCCAUCAUUACUUCGAGUUCGUAUUGAUUCUGAAGUAAAUGAAGAAUUGAUUCAAAAAUUAAAUGACAACAUAUUUAAUACGGAUGACAAUAAUGAUAUAGACAAAAUUCAAAUAAAAAUUCAAAUAAUUACAAAAUUUCUUAAUGAAUUAAAAGAUAUUGAAGAUAAUCUUCAACAAAAAUCUACACAAUCAUUAAUUGAAAUAUGUCAAUAUUUAGCAAUUGAUAAUCCAAUUAUUUUAUGGUUACCAAAUAGAAUUAAAUGUGAAAAUUAUGUUGAUCUUUAUAUUCAUUUAAUUUCUAUGAGAUCAAAACUUCAAGAAAAAAAAUUUAACAUAGAAAAACAACAAAUAAAAUUAUGGAAUGAAAAUUUUAAUUCAUAUGAACAACAAGAUCAAUCAGAAAAUCAUUUUUAUCAAUAUUUAAAUUUACAAUAUAAUAAUGAACAAAUAUCUAAUGAAAAACAAAAUACAAAUGAAAUAAACACUUGGAAAAUUACUUCAGAAUCAAACUUUGAUUUAAAAAAUCAACAUUAUUUACAUCAUAUAGAUUCAUCUGUAAAUCAACAAGGAAGUAAAUCUGAAGAUUUCUCUGAAAAUGAUAUUAAAUAUAUAUCUUUAAUGACAUUAAAUUUAAAAUCGGUUCCAUGUUCAUCAUCAAUAUUUUUUCAACAAAUACAUAAAUAUCGAGAAGAACCAUCAAUAAAAUCAAUUAUUUCAAAUAAAGCACAAAAAUUUACAAUUAUAAAUCCAAAUGGAGAAUCAAAAACGUAUUUAUGGAAAAAUGAAAAUUUUUGUGAAAAAUUACAAAUAUUAUUUAAUGAGAAAAAAUAUGAUCACGAUUUGUUUGUUGUUGUCAAUAAAAAUGAAAUUUUUAUUGAUUUUACAAAGAAUAAUUAUCGACCAUCAUCAGAUCCAUCACUUUUAGAAUAUUAUAUUAUUGAAAAACAAUAUUUGAUUCAAAUUCAAAUUCAUUUUCGAUCAAAUAUAUCUGAAUAUUUCACUACAUCGAAAUGUAAAAUUUCAACUAUUAUUCAUCAUUUUAUUGAUGAGAAACAACUUGAAUCUUCAUCAUCAGAUAGAAUUCUUUGUUUCUUUGAUGAAUUUGGCAAAUGUAUUGAUGAUGGAAUCAUCAAUGAUCUUUGUAAAACACAUCAUAAAACAGUAUCAAUUUUCGUAACAGAAGAAAUAUCAAAUGCUAACAUUUUAUAUGAACUUGCUUUACAUUACAAUGAAGAUCAAAAUCAAAUGAUGAGUUUAUUUUAUUCAACAACAAAAUGGCAACAAAUUAAUCUUUGGCUAAAAACUCUUUUACAUAUAAUUGAUCCUUCUGUUGAUGAUUAUAUGUUUUUAAUCCGAGAAAAGAAAACAAUUCUCGAUAAUGAUCAAAUGACCUUAGUACAAAUAACAAAAUAUGACGAUGAAGAGCAAAUAAAAGUUCCUUUAUUAAAUAGAAAUAUAACUAUUGAAAAAUUAUUACAUUCAACAGAAAAAUCAAUAGAUGUUUAUAAAUAUUUAGCUACGAAUGAUACAAAACGAAUUCUUGAUUCUAAUGAAAAACUUUCAAAUUUAAAUAAAACAAAAUUUAUUCUUGUUAAAGAAAAUGAAAUGUGUCUUGUAUUGAUAAAGAAAUCGAAUGAUUUACAACUUAUUCAUGUUACUGAAGAAGAAAGUGAAAAAUAUCAACGAUUUGUUGUUAGUGCUACGAUUGCUGAUAUUAAUAAAGAAAAUCAACAAGAUAUUUUACAUCAAUAUCUUUUGUAUUCAAAUGACUUUGUUCCAUCAACUGCCAUCCAAUUAAUAACAUUUCAAUCAGAAUCAUUAAUUCAAUUUAUUGCCAUUGAUCAAAAUUUACCAAUUACUGUUACUAUAAAAAAUACUGAAGUAAAUAAGUCAAUUCAAUUCAAUUGUAGACUUUCGAUAACAAUAAAGCGUCUCUAUGAAAUUGCAUGUCAACUAUUCUGCUUGAAAAGAGAGUAUUAUUGUUUAAUUAUGAAUGAAACUACGUUGGAUGAUGAUGAUGUCUGUUUAGAAGAUAUUGAUGGAAAUACGACUGAAGUUCAAUUUAAAAUAAUUUCUAAAGCAUCUAUACAUUGCCCCAUCAUGUAUGAUAAUCAAACGGUUAUAUUACCAUGCGAUAAAGAUACAAUAAUAAUGAUCAUCGCUAAAGAAACAAUGGAGAAAUUACACAUAUCAGAAGAUAAUAUAAACAUGUAUGAGUUGAUAGCAUUGGAUGAUGAUCAAACACAAAUUGAUUUUGACUUAUCCGUUGAUGAUAUUCUCGGAUCAUUUUCCACUGGUUCAACCACAAUAUCAUUUGAAUUAAAGAAAAAAAUAUAUAUGAAACAAACAAUUUAUAUCACAAAAUAUAUUCCAAUACGCUUGACUUUCAUGUAG